AUGCUCUUGGCUUGUGAAUACGCCAAAACGUUUCCCGCUUUUCAUCAGUUGAAAGAGUUUGAUCAGCGGAUCCUUCUUUCGCAAGUCGUCGGCAUGAUCCUCAUCUUGCUCCAAGCUUUUUGCUCGUUAGAACAGAAGAGCGAGAAGCUCAUCUUUCCGGAUGGCCUGGAUGCGUUGUCGUUCCAGCUGACACGAUUUGACCAUCGUUUCGAGGACUACUUCCGCGAGAACUAUUGCCGGCCGAUUGCGCUGAUCCGAAAUUGCGGCAUGGAGAAGCAGCACUACAUUCUGAUGAAGGCGAUUUUGCUUUUUACUCCAGGGCUUUGCGAUCUGUCGCCCGAGGGUCAGAAGAUUGUCGACAACGAGAGGGCCCGAUUGUGCUGCUGCUUGCAUCGGCUUCUGAUUUCUCAAUAUGGGGAAGCAAAGGGCGUCGCCAAAUUCGGCAAGUAUUUGAUGAUGGUGGAGAGCUUCGUGCGUUUCAACGAGAAGAAGCGCUCCCACCUGGAGAUGAGCGUCAUCCUCAACAAGGUCGUCAUGACGCCGCUUGGAGACGAGAUAUACCUGAAACGUCAUUUUAAAUAUAACAAA